CACACUGUGGGCGUUUAACAUCGACAGACAUCGUCCUGACGGAGCUGAGCAGACACUCACUUUGUGUGUUGCUCUGUGCGUUAGUCCUACAUUGCGCACCGCGCGUCAUACAGGCAUUUCAACCCCACCCCUUCUUUCAUAUUCUCUAAUGCCAGACCCUUCUGUAUUUUUAGCAAUGCUGUUCUCUGUCAGAUAACCAACCGAAAGAACAGCAAAGAAUACGCUCUAGCAAAGAAGAGAACAGGCGUUAAAAGCCGUUGAACGUUUUUUCAUCGUAUCCACGAAAGAGGCACAUGAAAUGAACAUUGAAAUGCAUCUAGUGGUGUGUGCUUUGGUGAUCCUUACCAGAUCAUCUCAGACAAAGGGUCAGAGCACUGCAUUGCCCCCUGUCUUCAUCCCAGUUACCCUCCAGCGUGAGGACGUGUCUACUGCAUCCCAAGCCCUCCCAAUUAUCAAUGAAGAUGGGGAUCCGGGGCCAGAGCCAGGUCCUGCCAAUCAGACCUCACCAGACCAAGCGGAUAGAGCCCCAACCAAACCAGCUGUUACCAACAGCGACAAGCUGCACCAAUCAGAUUCUGUUACAGACGCUGGUGACAGCAAUGACAUGGCUGUGACCAAUCAGAUGACCACGUCUCCACCUGCACACACAGUCAACACUGUUACCACCACCCAAGACAAUGCCACUCUCGCAGCCGCUCCAGAUGGCUCCUCCUCCUCAUCCCCUGUGAAGAGCACCUCCCCUGCAGGACUGCCCUCCAACCUAGGGGACACUGCUAGCCACCCCUCCAACCUAUGGGACACUACUAGCCACCCCUCCAACCUAGGGGACACUACUAGCCACCCCUCCACCCGAGGGGGCACUACCCACCCUGGUUUCGCUGGAGGCCACCUCACCACCUCUACUCCUCCUGCCUUAGAUACCAACCUACUUCCAUCCCAUGUUUUAAUACCGAUCCAGUCCUCUGUCCAACCCAGCACCCUUGCCCUGAUCCCUUCCGCAACCCAACCCCUCACCAUGGAGCACCCCCAGACCUCUGCCCCAGUCCACGUCAGCCCGCCUCAACAGGAGGUUCCAUCGGAGCUCAAUGUUGGAGAUGAGGACAAAGGGCCACAUCUCCACUCUCCUCUGGACCCUGUGCUGGCUGGCCUGGUCUCUGUCUUCAUCGUCACCACAGCCGUAGUCUCUGUCAUCCUCUUCCUCAAGUUCCGCCAACGGACCGACCACCCGGACUUCCACCGGCUGCAGGAUCUACCCAUGGACGACUUGAUGGAAGACACGCCACUUUCCAGAUACACUUACUCUUACUGAUGAUGGAAACUUUUCAUCAACAACAGUCAACUUUUCUUCUAGCACAGCUACACAGCAGACACCCGAUGGGCUGCCAUUUUUGGAUCCUGGCAAAGAUUUUGACUGGACUCGAGGCCCUCCGCCAGCGCCCAUGUUGACUCCCUAUGAUUCCCCCUUCUGAGCAGUUUCCAAUUUGAUUGUGUUCUGUUAACAAUGAGAGGGCUUUCAAUACCCAAUGAGGAGUUUCAAAACUAGGCCAACAUCAGAGGUUCCGUUUAAACAUUAGGCCAACACCCUCAAUAUUCCCUUUGAAACUCUCGGACGUCUCAUCUGCACAGGGGUCUGUUUUGUUCUUCAGAGACGAGUUCCCUUUGUAAUGCAUCCUCUUCUUCUGAUACAGGUCAUGCACAGCACAGGCUGCACUUUAAUGUGUUAUAGAAACAGUCACAGUGCUCUCACAGUCUCCAAAGCCCCUAAAUGAGUUGGAACUGUUUUCAGAAGACACAAUGUCACGUUGGAUGUUGUUGCCUGAGUCCAGGAUCGAGGGAAAAUGGAAAGGGAGUGAAAGAUGCUUACUGUAGAGGUACUUGAUUUAAAUGUUUAUCAGUCUCCAAUAAACCAUGUUAUAGAACAAUUCUAAUCCUUGAACUGACCAAAUAUGAGUGAAGUGCUCUUUCAAACCAGAAUGCCUAGUGGGUUGAAAAACAUCCAUACUUGCUCUUACUUGAUAGCCAGUAAACAUUCUGUAAAUGUAACCCAAAACAGUCAGAAAAACAGUCAACCAACGAAUGCAGAGAAGCUAAUUUGAUUGGGGGUGUAGAAAGGCAGGGGCGGCUGGUCCAUUUUUAGCCCAGUGGGCUUGUCUAACUUGUUUUUUUUUUUUUUGUGCAAAAUGAUGAUGAUCUGGCUAAUAAUGGGGGCCUCAAGGUAAAAAAAAAUGGGCUGGUGUGUUCGAAAUACCAGUGGCCAUUUCUGGUCCCAGUCCGCUCCUGCAGAAAGAGGGUCACCUCCAAUGAGCGUGACUUGAUUCAAAGCCAUAUAGAUACAGAUCCAAUUCAUGGACUACUUUGAGGAGAAAGGUUAAGGGAUAAAGUUUCACCAAUGGUGAUGAGACGGCGGUGCUUCAUGUGGAAGUGAUCAGCUAAUAAACAUUGUUAAACACAAAUGUUGCAAAGUAUAGUAUUAUCAAAAUGUAUGCUUAGUAUUUCUUUACAAGCCAUAGGAAAUUAUUUAAUUAGAUAUUUAUUAACUAUUUACAUGAUAUUUAUGAGUGUCUCAGAAAAUGAUCCUUUAAGUUAAUUGGAAAUAAUAAAAUGCAUAACAGCAGAGUAUGUAUUAGAACUAUGAGAUUUUAAGUUACAUUUAGAUUGAAAAUUAUUUGAAGAAAACUAAUUUUUGUCGUGCACUGCAACAAAUCAUAUUUACAGUGUUUAAGUGUUAAACUUGUGAUUUACCUGUAAGUGCCAAAAGUGAUGUAAGAGGUUGACAUACAGAUGCAGGGUUAACUGUAAAAAAUGAACGUUAUAAGGACUUUUUUAAUAAUAAAACCUAAACCCUU